UAUAUGCGAUAUGCAUAUACGAUUGAGUUUUACCGAAUUUAUGUGUCAUUCGGUGAUAGUCGUUCAAGUUUUAUAUACAUAUAUUACUGUUUUCAAUAUAUGAUUUUAUUAAUUAUAUCUUUUGAUGAUUGGAUUGGUUUAUUGGUGUAUGUGUUUUUCGUUUCCUCUUUUGUUAUUCCAUUGUUUGAAAGUUAAGUAUAUAUGAAGUUAUCAUCAAAAUGAUAUAUAGAUACAUCUACAGUUCAAUUUUGUUUUAUUAUUGGAUAAGUAAUACACAAUCCAACGUUUUGUGUGAUUACUUAGUAAUCUAUUCUUUUCAGUAUAAAUAGUAUAUUGGAUAUACUAAUGAUUACAGUAUAUAUGAUUCUCUUUGAAAAUAUAUUGGAUUAUUUCAAUCCUUUGUGCGAUACUUUAUUAUUAUUAUUAUAUAAUUUUAAUUAAAUAAUAAUAAUAUAUAAUACAGUAACAAUUAAAUUCAAAUUUUGGUUUAAAAAAUUUAUUAAGGAUAUAUAAUAUUUUAGUUAAAUUAAUUGAAACAAAAUAUCACCAAAGUGAUCUCUUUUGUGUAGAUUGAUUUAAUAAAAAUAUUAUGAUAAUUGCGUGUAUGUAAUUCAUAAAUUUAUUAACUAACCCAAAGGUGAGUUAAUAUUUGGAUGAAUUUCAUGCAUGUUUGUGGUGAUAAAUGUGUGACAAUUAUAAGGAAUCUUGUGUGAAUAAUAUGUUAGUCCAAAGAUUGCAUAUUGUUUGACAUAAUUUAUUGUCAAUAUUUGAUCACUACAACAAGAGUACCGCUUACAAUUAAUAUUACUGUCCAAAGACUUAAUAUUAAUGUUGUGUUUGGUAUCUUGAGAUGGGAUUAACCAUUAUUUGAAUUUAUUGUUUUAUUUGGAUUCUUAUAUGAGCAUGUUAUUUAUGUAAUUGUAUUGUUCUUUUCAGCUGUUGCUAGUGUAUCUACUAACCUUAAUUCGGUACCGGUCCUUAAUGGUAAUAACUUUAAGGACUGGAAGGAGAACAUUUUUAUUGUUCUUGGCUGCAUGGAUCUUGACCUUGCAUUAAGGAUGGAUCGUCCUGCUUCUCUUACGGAUUCCAGUACCUCCGAGCAAAGGAGGAUUUAUGAGAAGUGGGACCGUUCAAACCGCAUGAGUCUUAUGAUCAUUAAGCGCGGCAUACCUGAGGCUUUUAGGGGUGCGGUGUCCGAGGAGGUCACCGAUGCCACAACUUUCCUUGCUGAAAUUGAGAAGCGCUUUGCAAAAAGCGAUAAGGCGGAAACAAGUACUCUUUUAAAGAAACUUAUUUCCAUGAAGUUUAAGGGCAAGGAAAACAUAAGGGAGUACAUUAUGGAAAUGUCUCACCUUGCUUCAAAGUUGAAGGCACUAAAGCUUGAGCUUUCGGAUGACUUGCUUGUGCAUUUAGUGCUUAUCUCUCUUCCUCCACAAUUCAGUCAAUUUAAGGUCAGUUACAACUGCCAAAGGGAGAAAUGGACUCUUAAUGAGCUCAUUUCAUUUUGUGUUCAAGAGGAAGAAAGAUUGAAGCAAGAGAAGACUGAAAGUGCUCAUUUGGCAAGCACCUCUAAAGAUAAGGGCAAGAAAAGAAAGAAUGAGGCUGCUAAGGAUAAAGGUCCUGCUCAUAAGAAACAAACUCAAACCAACAGUGAUGAUGGUUGUUUCUUUUGCAACAUGAAAGGACACAUGAAGAAGGAAUGUGCUAAGUAUAUUGCAUGGCGAGCAAAGAAAGGGUUGCCUGAGUUACCGAAAGCCAAAUGAUGCUGAAAGAUGCAUUUAUGUGGGAAAUGGCAAGUCGGUAAAUGUAGAAGCAAUAGGGCAUUUUAGGUUGUUGUUAAGUACUGGUUACUAUUUGGACUUAAUAGAUACUUUUGUUGUACCGUCUUUUAGACGGAAUUUGGUUUCUGUUUCUUGUUUGGACAAAUUGGGUUAUUGUUGUUCAUUUGGAAACAAUUGCUUUAGUUUAUCUAUUAAUUCAAAUACUGUUGGAACUGGUUCACUUAUGGUUUAUGACAACUUAUAUUUGCUUGA